AUGGCUCUAGAUAGAGCAGCGACAACUGCGGGUGGUCAGGCAGAUUUCCCCACUGAUCCAAAUGAGUUCCAGCUGGACGACCGUAUAUCGUGGUCCAAGCUAGACGGCAAGUGGCUCCUCGAAACAGAACAGGGCACUGAGUUUGAGUGGGAUACAGCAUUGCGACGAUGGGUGCCAAUGCUGGAUGAAGCAGACCUAGAGCAACAGCAACAGAUCUACAAGGUCGAAGGUGUUGAAGACAACGACGAUACUGCAAACCUGAAGAAGAAGCGCAAGAAGAAAGCUGAGGAUUCCGAACAGCAGCCGAAGAAACAAAGAGUCAAUACUGCCGUGUAUGCGACUUCCCUUCCACUUGAUGCGAACGAAGAUGAAGUCAAACAAGUCUUCUCACGAUGUGGCAUGAUUGCCGAGGAAAUCGAUUCUGGCCGAUCACGUAUCAAGAUGUACGAAGACAAUCAAGGCAAUUUCAAGGGCGAGGUGCUGGUGGUGUAUUUCAGAGCUGAAUCAGUCAACCUGGCCGUGCAAAUGCUCGACGAUUCCGAUUUUAGGCCAGGCGAACGCGGGCCAGAUGGCAAGAUGAAGGUUCAGGUCGCAGAUUACUCCUACAAGAAACAUUCAGAAGCUCCCGAGAAGACCAAGACGAAUAAUCGCGACAAGCAGAAGAUCAUCAAGAAAACGGAAAAGAUGAACCGAAAACUUGCCGACUGGGACGACGACGAUCCGCAGGCUAUGCAGGAAACUGGUUCGAGAUGGGACAAAGUCGUCAUCCUCAAGCACAUGUUUACUCUAGAUGAGCUCGAAGAGGAUCCAGCAGCCAUGCUUGAAAUCAAAGAGGAUAUUCGGGAAGAAUGUGAAAAGCUUGGUCAAGUGACGAACGUGCAGCUUUUCGAUAAAGAGCCUGAUGGUGUGGCCAGUGUCAGGUUUGCAAAUGCUACAGCUGCCGAAGCGUGUGUGAGAUUGAUGAACGGAAGAUUCUUCGAUAAGAGGCAGCUACAAGCUCAUAUUGCGACUGGUAAUGAGAAAUUCAAAAAGUCCAAUACCAAGCAUGCCGAUUUGAACAGCGAAGACGAGGAAGAGGGUGGAAGACUUGACAAGUUUGGAUCGUGGUUGGAAGGGCAGAAGAAGGAGAAAGAGGAGGUCUCAACGCCACAAUUGGACGCUGGAGCAGCUUGA